UGUGUAUAAAUGCGACUGGAGGACCUGGACCGCUACUCGGUCGACUUCACCUUUGCUGGCGAGCUUCCCACUCCCGCCGAGCUCCUCAAGGUCGCGCGGCUCGCGGCGGACCGCGCAAACCGCGCAAACGCCGUGUCGGCGGAUGCGCCCGCAAACAACGGCGGAGCGGUCGCGGCGGUGCCCGCCAGAUCGGCGGCUCGGCAGCGGGAGGCGCCGCCGGCGCGGCCGCACAAGCGUCCACUGCCGCCGCCGAGCCAGCCGCAGCCGGCGGUGGCGCCUCCUCGCAGGCCGGAGCCUGCGCCGGCGAACGCUUGCGCGGCGACGCGCGCUAGCAGCCAGGCCGGCGACAGCCCGGCCAAGCAGCGGCGCGCGGAGGCGGUGAGGAGGCUAGCGGCCGAGAGCCAGCUGAGCGCCGCCGAGCACGCCGAGCUUCUCUCGCUCGCUGAGGCGGGCGCAGCGCCGGGCGAGGGCGGCGGCAGCGAGGCGGCGGCGCGGUACGCGGCGCUGUCGGCGCGGCUGCACAGCGAGCAGCGCACGUGGCUGAGCGAGCUGCAGUCGUCGCUGCUCUCCGAGGCGCCGUCGCGGUACACACAGCUGCCGGCCGGGACGGAGAGACUCGCCGACGAGCUUCGCGCGAGGAGCGCGCGCGCCGCCGCCUCGCGCUGCCGGCCACACUACUCGCUCCUCUCUAAGCUGGCGCGCGCCGCCCAGCCGGCAGCGGCGGCAGGCGGCGCCGCCAAGCUGCGGCAUGUGCGACGCGUCGACUCCGCACUGGCCGCCGCUCCCCGCCGCUCCCCGCCGGCGCAGUGA